CCUCUGGGCUCCUACUUACCUGCGCUGUCCCGGAACCCAACCAAGCUUCCCAGGUCCUAGUCUCCCGACUGCAACUCGUUCCCUGAGUUCUGCCUCUCCCACCGAGCUGCCUUUCCCUCUGCCCCAUCCCCGCCCCGCCCCACCAGCUCGCCUUCCCCAGGUACCCUCCAGACCCACCUCCCCCGGCCCGGAGAUUGUACCAUGCCCAAACCUGCCCUGGUUGCCCUCCUGCUGGCAGCGGCAGCCCUGCCCCGAGGUGCUUCUCUGAGCUGCUUCUCCUGCUCCAAACCCACAGCUCUGUCUCUUUGUACUGAUGUAGUCAAUUGUUCAGCCACCGAGGGAUGGUGUCAAACCAUGCUGCUGUCUCUGCAAUCUGGUUAUCCCUUCAUUCAGGAGAAAACAGUUCAGCGGGGAUGUGUGGCCUCCUGUAUUCCCACAGACCCUGAGGCCAUUGGAGAAUCUCAACCCAUCCUCUGUUGCAACACUGACCUCUGCGUGGACAAUGGGGCCCUGGUGCCCCGAGGGUCUGGCCUUACCCUGAUUGGAAUCCUGUCGGCCCUGCUCAGCCAAUGGUAGCUGAUGAGGGUAGGGAAGGUCAGGGUCAGACUUCUGCCCACUUUAAAUAAUCCUUGAAAGCCUGAAUCUAGGGAUUUAUACCAGCUGCCUGAGGUGAAAGCACUAGAUCAUGGUGGGGGGAAGGGAAGAGAGGGGUGGAAGGAAAGGGAGAUCUGGCCUUUUCCUGGAUGCUCCUGAUUGCUCAGCCUGACAGACAUGGCUUCAUUCAGAGGGAUCCUGGUCAGGAAGCAUCCUAUGUGAAGGGAAGAUUAGAAAUUUGCUCUAGAGAGAUCUUUAGUUUGAGAGACAACAUUGCCUGUAUUGUCAAGAAAGAAGGCCAGAAAGAAAGCAAAUCAAUGAAAUAACUGUUCAUUGCCUCUUCUAGGCAAAGCACCAAAUGAAGAGAAAAACAAUUAACAAAUUUCAUGGGCUACCUUUUCCUUCAUUCUUCCUAUAAAAAAAUCUAUAGGU